UUCGACCAACCGGUUUACCGCGUCAAAGUCCUUGAGAAUGUGGCCCCGGGCACGCUGCUGCUCACGGUGAGAGCUAGCGACCCGGAUGAGGGUGCCAAUGGGAAAGUGACAUAUAAAUUCCGGAAAAUUAAUGACAAACAGUCGCUGUUGUUCCAUCUUCAUGAAAGCACUGGAGAAAUGACAGUAGCAAAGAAUCUGGACUAUGAAGAAUGUUCAUUGUAUGAGAUGGAAAUACAGGCUGAAGACGGUGGGGGACUGAAAGGGCGUACCAAAGUGGUAAUUAUGGUAGAGGACGUAAAUGACAAUCGGCCGGAAGUGACCAUUACAUCUCUGUUUAGCCCAGUGAGGGAGGAUGCGCCCCCGGGGACAGUAAUCGUUCUUUUCAACGCUCAUGACCAAGACUCGGGGAAGAACGGUCAAGUUGUCUGUUCCAUCCAGGAGAACCCAUCUUUUAAAUUAGAAAACUCGGUAGAUGAUUACUACAGGCUGCUGACAGCCCAGAUUCUUGAUCGAGAGGAAGCUUCUGAGUAUAACAUCACAGUGACAGCAACCGACAGAGGAACCCCACCCAUGUCCGCAGAAAUUCACAUCACCCUGUAUGUGGCUGACAUCAAUGACAAUCCACCCGCCUUCUCUCAAACCUCGUAUUCAGUCUACCUCCCCGAAAACAACCCCAGAGGCACCUCCAUCUUCUCAGUCACUGCCCAUGACCCUGAUGACAGCGAGAACGCUAAGGUGACCUACUCUCUGGUGGAAAACACCUUCCAGGGGGCACCGCUCUCCUCCUACAUCUCCAUUAACUCCGACACUGGUGUGCUCUAUGCUCUGCAAUCCUUUGACUAUGAGCAGUUUCGAAAUCUGCAGAUGCAGGUGCAGGCAAGUGACAGUGGACAGCCGCCGCUCAGCAGCACUGUGUCCCUGACUGUGUUUCUAUUGGAUCAGAAUGACAAUGCUCCCAAGAUCCUGUAUCCCUCCCUCCCGACGGACGGAUCCACUGGUGUGGAGCUGGCUCCCCGCUCAGCAGAGCCUGGAUAUCUAGUGACCAAGGUCGUGGCAGUGGACAGGGACUCUGGACAGAAUGCUUGGCUCUCUUACCGGCUGCUCAAGGCCAGCGAACCAGGACUCUUCACCGUGGGGCUACGUUCGGGUGAAGUGCGCACAGCUCGGGCCCUGCUGGACAGAGAUGCUCUCAAGCAGAGCCUCCUGGUCGCUGUGCAGGACCACGGGGAGCCCCCUCUUUCUGCCACCAUCACCCUCACAGUGGCUGUGGCAGACAGCAUCCCCGACAUCCUGGCUGACUUGGGCAGUAUCAACCCCCCGGCAGACCCUGACUCUGACAUCACUCUCUACCUGGUGGUGGCAGUUGCCGUGGUCUCCUGCGUCUUCCUACUCUUUGUGCUUGCGCUGCUGGCACUCAGGCUGAGGCGCUGGCAUGCUUCGCACCUGCUGCGGGCUGCCACCAGUGAAUUGACUGGCGUGCCAGCAUCACAUAUUGUGGGUGUGCAUGGGGUUCAGACUUUCCUACAAACCUAUUCUCAAGAGUUUUCCCUCACACCCGACUCUGGGAAGAGCCACCUCAUCUUCCCCCAGCCCAACUACGCAGACACGCUCCUCAGCCAGGAGAGCUGUGGGAAAAGCGAGCCUCUGUGCAGCUCAGCGGAGCCCAAGUUUCCUAUUGAUGACACUCCUUUGGUCCCUGUGAGUUUGGGGAGGUUCCCCCUUUAUUAUUCAUGAUAAUUAGCUCUCUGCUUCAAGUCUUACCUAAGUUGAUGUUUAUAUAUUUGUAACCACCCAAGUUUUCACUGAGGCUAAUCUUCACCCACAACAUCUAAAAUGUUUGUAGGUCAGAUGUCACUGAUAUGAUUGUCGCUUUUUUUUUUAUGGAACUUGUGCCUAUGGGGCAGUUAACAUUAUCUAAUCUGCAUGGACGGGGCUGUUUGGGUAGAGUUGUGUAGUUGGUUACAGUGGCCCUCUACUAUUUCUCCAGCUGGAGUUAUUUCUUAACAUUAAUUGAUCGUUAUUCCUAACACUCUUCACUGCAGCAGCUCUUGCUCCUAAAACAGUUUCUAGAGGGAUCCUUUUGUAGAGGUGAACUAAAACGUGCCCUUCUCUUAGAGAAAUGACUGAAAACCCACAGUCUCUGCCCUCACACUUCCAUUUCUGUGAUGGGAAAGAACCUCAAUGAACUAUUCAGACCGUAAGUUUGUAGAAACUAUUUGUAUUUAAAGACCUUUAUUGAGGAUGAGUCAAGCGUCAGCUAUCAUUUCCAAACCCAGCAAAGCUUUUUUUUUUUUUUUUUUCAUUUUAAUGGUGAAAAUUGCAACUUCCUUAUGGUAGUAGCAUUAAAGGCUUGGGUUCCCUAAUGUUAUGGGUUAAAGUUAUGAAAAAUAGCCUGACACUCUUCUUUUCAGUGUAUGCUUGCUCAAGAGUGGUUGCUAAUGUGGGGAAUUAAAGAUUUGUCAAAUAUGGGGAAUUUAAAUUUUGGCUCCAGUUCAACUCUUCAAUCUCUGGGGGUAGAAAUGAAC